ACGAAAUCCAAACAAUCCAAACUCAGCCGUCGCAAGAUGCGCUUCACCCCCGCCCUUAUCUUCAUGGCCGCCGCGUGUAGCCACGCCGCAGCAUCGCUGGACCGAGGAAGUCCGAAAGUCAGCCUCGAGCUUCAACGCGCGUUUGAGACGAACGAAUACGUCGAUAUCAUCGUCGACAUGGACCAGUCGACGGAACAGGUCGAAGCUGUCGCAGGCGAGCCAACCGACUCGUUUGUCGAGAAGUUGCAAGCAUUCACGGAAGUCCAACAAAAGCCAGUGAAGGACCUCCUCAACACACACCCAAACCUUUUCCACGGCACGCCGACUUUCUUCUGGAUCACAGACUCCAUCGCCAUCCCCCAAGCGUCAGCAGAAUUAGUGUCUCAAUUGGCGGCCAUGGACGGCGUCAAGAGCAUCCACGCUCCGGAAAUUGCACACAUUGACGGCGGUGGUCCCAAUUGAUUCGUACUAUAGCCUCGUUAUGGCUUGCAAUACAUAUCUUGUUCUGCGCUCGUCACUUCCCAUGGCGAGCCGAGUCGAUGGGGGCGCCGGAGUGCUUUCUACCCAGA